AGCCGCAUUCAGUAGCUGUUCUUAAGCGGUGGGUAGCGGUCCGUGGCAGGAAGCAAGUGCCUUGCCGUCCCCGGACUGCGGAAAUGCUGUGACUGAUGUAUUUAAAGAGAUCUUCCACUGGUCUUGCCUUCUGUUUAUUCUACUUGGCUUCUUAUUUCACCAACAAGUAUGUCCUCUCUGUCCUGAAAUUCACCUACCCUACCCUUUUUCAGGGGUGGCAGACUCUAGUAGGGGGAUUUCUCCUACACGUUUCGUGGAAGAUUGGCUGGGUGGAGAUCGGCAGCAGUUCAAGGUCUGAGGUAUUGUCCUGGCUUCCAGCUUCUGCACUUUUUGUGGGCAUUAUUUAUUCAGGUUCCAGGGCAUUAUCCAGAUUGCCAAUUCCUAUCUUUCUUACCUUACACAAUGCUGCAGAAGUUAUUACUUAUGGAAUUGAGACAUUUGUGCUGAAAGAGCAGACCUCCGCUCCCAAAAUCUGCAGAGUAUUGAUGCUUCUGGUAGCAUCCGGGUGCCUUCCCUUCUUUGACCCACAGUUUGAUACAGAUGGCUAUUUUUGGGCUCUCAUACAUUUGCUAUGUGUUGGGGCUUACAAAGUAUUUCACAAGUUAUGGAGACCUAGUUCUCUAAGUGCCUCUGAGCAACAGUAUAUAAACUAUGCAUUCAGUGUGGCAAUAUUGGCUUUUGCAUCCCACCCAACAGUUCAUUCCUUAGGUGAUUUCUUCAGUGCCUUGGAAUUUCCUUUUCUGUACUUCUACAGCUUUCAUAGCAGUUGCUUGGCCAGCGGUCUUCUAGGAUUUCUUGUGACUCUACACACAAUGAAGCUUAAAGGUAACUCAUCCUCAGGACAGUAUGUGACUUGGAAUUUCCUAGCAAAGGUUAUCACAGCUAGUCUGUCCCUGUUUUGCUUCGAGAUUACAGUGAAUGUACCAACAACUUGUUGUCUCUUGCUUGGUGGAUUUGCUGAAGGCUUACUUCUUUACCCUGAAAGGACUGACACAUGACUCAGGGGAAAAGAGGGAAGAAGGAGAAAAUAACCAAAUACGUCCAUCAGGAGUAAAGUGUCAGUGACUGAGAAACCUGAGAAUAAAAGUCAGAACUCACAGCAGAAACAACGAAGAUAGACGAACGGCAAGUUACUAGUAAUGCAAUCCUAUGCAUAUCUACUUUGAAAUAAAGCCCAUUGAGCUCAAUUAGACAUAUGCCCAGGUAAAUGUGUACAGAAUUGCAGCCUUAUUUUUUUCUUCUGAGCUACCAAAUGCUACUAAUAGCAUUUUCGGGAUCUGGGGCUUGAUUAACCUUCAUGACAGAUAUGCAGAAGGAUUUCAACUAAACUGGGUACAGCCCAGUCUGAUCUUUCUUCGAAUAUCCCAAAAUGAAUGGUGAAAAUGCUCCAGUAUAUCUCUGUAAUAAAAGGCAAACAGAUGAAGUGGCAAAGUUACCAUGGCAUGAUUUUUGAUGUAGCAGCCAUUUGAUAACCAAGUGGUAAGUUCUGCCGUCUUUUGGAAGGAGUGAUUGUUUGCCUCAAAUGGAGGUCAGCCAACCCUACUGCAUCCACUGUUUCUUCCUUCCCUCAUUCUGCUGCGUGGACUCUGUCCUUCUGCCCAAACUGUUAUCCUGAUUGCACUACUACUGCUCAGCUGUGAAGUUUCCAAGGUGCCCUUGGGCCUCUCUCUGCUUAAUCUACUCUAAUUUGGUGCCCUUCAGAUGAGUAGGACUACAACUCCCAACUUCCCUAGCCAGCACUGGCAUGCUGGUUAAAAUUAGCUUUUAGCAAGGAUGGGCAACUUGUGGCCUUCCAGAUCUUGUGUCCUAUAAUCCUUUCAUCCUUAUUUGCCAUGCUGGCUGGCCAGGUUUGAUGAAAGUUGUCCAAAACCUGUGUAGGGCUACAAGUUGCCCACCCCUAGCUUUUAGGAUUGCAGCCUAAAUGGACUCUGAAUGCCUGUCUGUGCCUGCAAGCAGAGAAUGAGGUGCAGGCCCUCUCUCCUUUAGUCUGUGCAUGGACAAGCAUAGUAGUUAAGGUACCUAUGUGUAUGUGAUUAUAAGCAAUUCCUAUUGAAUUUUAAGUGUAAGUACACUGAGGACUAGAAUUUGCAAGUCCGUAUAUGAAAGCACAAGCAAAAUGAUUAUUUAUGAUGUGCCUUGCAGAGGUAACAAUUCUGUAAAAGCCUCCAUUAAGUUGUGAGCUGGCCUCCAAGGAGCUAAAUAUCCUUCACAGCUUAUAGUGCAAGAAAAACUACAUUCCUUGUGUAAUGCUUUUGUAUUUUGUGGGGACCAAGGGCUUGAGUGACCUGAACCACUGUGAACACACAGGUGCUAUUUCCAGUAAAUCCCACAACCAGUAUAUCUUGUAAGAUGAUAGUACCAUAUCCAGUUUUUCUACAUGCAUAAAUUGCAAGAAGUCAGAUUCUGACCUACUUAGUUCAGGCUUGAGACACAUUUUUUUCUUCCUUUCUAUGAGUAUCUCAGAUCCAGAGACCAGAAAUGUGUGUCCAUGGAAAGCCCUUUGGCGUAAAAUCUGAUUAGCACAUCAAAACUGCAUUGAAUGUACAAUUAGGCACAAGUCAAUCUAUUCCUGUUUAUCCAUGUCUUCUUCUUCUUGUUUUACACGAAAUAUCUAUACAUCUUGAAUUGGAACUUGGUGCAAUUUUAGCAUGUUAUAUUAGAUUUUGUUUUAACUGUAUGUAUUUACAUGCAAAUAUACUGACCCUGUACACUGUU